AUCCCAAUCGCCGCCACCGCUCCCCUCAUCGCCGGCGCCGCACCCUGCGUCCCUGACGCUCGGUAAUUCUCGCGACAGAGGCAGCUAGGGCAUCCCAGAUCCUCCGCCCAUGACCCGGACCCUGGCGCCGUGUCCGUGCGCCUAGAUAGGGUUUGCUUCUUGCGGCCCCCGGCCUCGCUGAGGUGCGCGCCAAGUCGGCGGGGCGGGGGUGGGACUGUGGGGGCGCGGUUCGCCGUCGGAUGGACGCCGAUGAGGCCGUGGGGAGCAGUGGGAGGAUGGAUCUGAACCUUUACCUCGGUCCCCCCCGCACCCCGCGCCCGCGCCGCUCUGACCUCGGCUCCGAUCUCGCCCUCAGCACCCCGAUGCCUUCCUCUCCUUCGUCCUCCGCAGCGUCCGUCGACGCACCGCCGCCGCCGCCUGAGUCCAUGCACCCGCCGUACACCCACUCCCGCGCCGACCUCUCCCCUCCGCCGCUUCCGCUGGAGGUGUACUUUCCCUACAACCCCGAAGACUCGCCUGUUCCGGAUGCGCAUAUGUCGUACAUGCAGCCUCCGGAACUGCUCAUCCCUGGGCCGCGGAACAUGCCGCCUCCGGAUUCGCUUAUCUCGGGGCUCCGAGAGGGAAUUCGGGAACUUCGGUACGCCUUCCAUCCGCCGCCCCCGCCCCCGCCCCCGCUGGUGCGGGCCAACGAACUGCUGGGCUGGGAAGAGCGUCCUUCCUCGUCAACGGCCUCUUCAUCUUUCUUCCCAGACACCGCCGCUCGGUGCGGGCUGCUGCUCGAGCAGACUGGAAGCCGGUGGCUUCGCACGAGGCGGUUCAGGUCUGACCUUCCACCCCUCAGCUCCGAGGCUCGCCCUUCUGGGCAGGACGCCACCGAGCCAGUGCCCCAGCAUGAGCCUGCAGCUGAUGCUAAUGAAUUAAACAAGGUGGCUCCCAAUGGCUUAGAAUUAGGUGCCCCGGAGAAUUCCUCUGAGGAACGCAGCAAGACUGCCACCGCAUUCGAGUGUAACAUAUGCUUUGAGAUGGCUAGUGAGCCGGUAGUCACUUCCUGUGGCCAUCUCUUCUGCUGGUCGUGCUUGUAUCAAUGGUUGAAUGUUUACUCCAGCCACAAGGAAUGCCCAGUCUGCAAAGGCGAGGUAACUGAGGCAAAUAUUACUCCAAUAUAUGGUCGAGGGAAUUCUGAUGCAGAGAAGACUGUGGAGGACUGGAAGUCACCAGGUCCUACAAUCCCGCCGAGGCCACAUGGACAUCGCCUUGAAAGCUUCUGGCAGCAAUUCCACCAUAUUCGACCUAUCUCAAGAAGGCUUGGUGAGGCGCAUGGGAUACUGUCAUCAUGGAGGCGUCUUCUGGAUCAGCAGAUCCUGGGCAGCGUGAGUAGGCUUGAAGGGCCAUCUGAAUCAGCCACGCAAGAAAUAAAUGACAUUCGUCAACAUGAUCACCUAAGUGGAUUGGCAUUGGCCUCAAGGAUGAGGGCAAGGCGGUUUCAAAUAGAAGCUUUGAGCCGUCCUGAUGGUUCUUCCACUAGCCCCCCUGAUAAUGGUCUGACAGGAAACAAUCCAUCAGAAAUUCUGACAGGAAACAAUGCAUUGUUGGAACGUCUGGCAGGAAGCAAUUCAAGACGACUUGAAUUGUUGGAACGUCUUGCUUUUGGCAUUGCAAACACAGCUGGUGCCAUGAGUGAUGACUUUAGAAGAAUCGCUUCACCAAACCAAUAUAGAGGAUCUGCUUCAUCAUCGAAUCUUCAAAAUAAUGAGCCAGCAGUCGAUGGAGCUCGCAUUGCGGGUGCACCUUCUGCAGACCAAGCGUCUAAUUCAAGCACUGUUGCUGUGAUACAAGGGGAUGGUGGUAUCUCUGAAAGUGCAGGAGAGCCUAGCAAUGCAGGUUCUUCGGGAUCCCUGAGGAGGAGAGGGAGGAGCAAUGCAUCAGGUUCAUUGGAUGUGGAUGGUGGAAGCCUCCAACAGAACAAGAGACACAGGAUGAACUGAAUCCUCUUUGACAUGUGUGUUUGUCCCAAACCAAACUUGGCCUCUUUCGCUGCAUUGUAGCAUGUUGUAGUUUCGUCUCUUUUAUGUGUUCACUGAAACAGUUUACAGUUCCUUCAGGUUGCUUAAAUUUGGAUCUUCAAACAUAUUAUGUGUCCUGAAGUUAUUUUCAUUAUGAUAUCGGAAAUGGACUGCCUUUGUUAUUUUCA